GGAACAAAAGCAAUUGCAUGCAGAAUCGUUCUUGAAUUAACGCAAUUCGAAACGCUUUAGAGAUUGCACUUUAAUCUUUAUCAAUUGGAAAAUGCCUUUGAGCGCUCUAGCUCCAAAUGACGAGCUUCCAUAUCCAAUGGAAAAAAGCUCUGAAAAACGACCCUUGACCCCAAGCGCAACUCAACAAUCGCGAAAGAGACAUUCAAUUCCAAACUCAACAUCAAUUGCAAUUUCAAAGGAAGGAGCAGAUAAUUGUUUUUUAAAUUCUUUAAAUGAUCAUGAGAGCGAUCUCCACUCUAAUAAAGUCAAUAAUCCACAACCUCAAGCUUUGAAAAUUCAAAGCAGUCGAGAUGAAUUUGCUAGAUUGGAUUCGCUGCCUCAAAAUGUGAGAGGUGCAAUUUUCGAAAGAGGGCAGCGGAAUCAACAAUACUCAAGCGAAAAGAGUAGCGCGAAUCAAUCAAUCCUUGAAGAAGAUCACAAUAAGUUGAUGGAUGAUGCAGCUAAUGAAUAUAGUAGCAAUUGCGAUUGGGAUAGUAGCAGCAAUGUCGAAGAAGGUCGCUCACAAAUUGGAAAAGCUUUUAACCCCUUUCAAACCCCACCACUCACUCUCGCAAAUCUUAAUUCCUUUCAAUUUUCCUCAAUCCAAGAUCGAAAUCCCUACUCACAAAAGAGUUCCAUCAGACGGAAUUAUCAAUCCCCAUUGCAUCAAGCGGAAUUGCUUCAGGCUCAAUUACUUCAAUCGCAAUUGAACCCCGCUUCAAGGCUCACUCCUGAAGCUUUAAAUUUCGAAGGGAUUCCUGAUGCAGCAGAUAUUGAAGGGAGCUUUGAAAUUGAUACAAGCAAUCAGAAUGGCUCCCCUUAUUUCGAGCGCUAUUCUGAGAGCAGCAAUCCAUUGCCAACUAUUGAGAUUCGAAAGGCAUUGUCUGAUGCGGAUUUUGCUUUUGACGAAGAGUACUACUCCACUGAUGAUGAUGAAAUAGAAGUUAGCAAUGAGGAGGCAAGGGAGGCAGCGCAAGAGUUAAUUGAUCUUGGAAAUCAAAUUGAAGUGGGAAGUGAAGUGGAUAGCGAUCCUUUUGGUGAAAUAUCUGAUCCUUACUCUUUCAAUGCGUUCGAUCACUUCUGUGCUCACUUUAGAAAUGGAUUUUUUUGUGAGGAAGUUGAACAUGAAAAGAUAUUUCAAAAGCAUCAUGAGGAAAUGUUUAGGAGCGGCCAAUCUCACUCCAAUCAUUGCAUCAACCUUCGUCAAUUUGCAAUUGAAAGAAAUCCAUAUCGGGAGCAAAACGAGAUUCCAAAUUAUCUCGGCAAAAGGCACCUUCAACGUGGAAAGGAGAUAUUCACAGCAUCAAAUUUGCCACGUCAAACUUCAAGCAAUCAUUCCCUGAUGGUGGAUCACUUAAGUGAAAGGCAACUUCGCACUAUCUAUGAAGGCACCUAUCAUCUUUCGCGUAUACAAAGCAAUCAAGGUUUUGGAGUUACUGAUCGCUCUUUUGAACGAGCCGAAUCAGUUGCAGAGCCCCUCAGCGAUGACGAAUAUUGCAUUGAUUCAACUCGCACCAAGCCCCCUACAUUGUGCAUGUUGAAUCAUGAGCUUGAGGUUUCAGCAGAGCAAACCCCUACAAUUACUGUAGAUAUUGAUAGUAUGUGUGGGGAAUUCAAAAGUUUAGCUGCGAUUAAAACUGGGUGGAUUUACUACCCUUAUACGAAUGCUCCAUUAACAGGUCGCACCCAUGGCGUUUACAUCAAAAUUCCCUACAAUUUGCCCUUUGAUUCAGAUGAUCACUAUUUAGCAAUUGCUGAUUUGAACCCCUUUCGAUUCGAUGCAGAGCACGCUUUGUUGCUCUCCCCGGAAAAGAUUCCUCAUAUUUUUUUCGGCAAACUUCACGAUUGGAGCUCCAUCAAUAUCUACCUGCUUUUCCCCAACAUCUUCUUUCACCGAAGGAAGGGCCUGAAGAAAUCUCAGGAAAAGCACAUUUCUAUUUACCUUAGUGACGAUCAACGCAAAAUCCUACACGAGGAGGUGAUCCACCCUGCAAUGAGCUUCGCCUUUGAUCAUCACACGUCGGAAUCUAUACCCUCUCACUGGGAAACCAUGAAAGCUCACGCAAAUGCGCACGGCACAGAGCAAAAUCGCCUUCGCGGGUCUCAAUCUCGCUUUCAAUCACUUGGCUAUCGAAUUAAUCCAAAUCAAAGCGAUCAAUUUGAUACCUUUACUCGCGAGUGCUAUCGCUUAAUUGAAGCAUUGGAAUUAGUUGAUUUUUACGGCUUGCGAUUAUAUUUCAAUGGAAAGGGCUUUAAAGAUUCGGAACGUCAACCUUCAUUCUCUCAAUUGCACGAAACCUGGGGCGCGCGAUGGAGCAAGCAGUUCAAUAAUGCCUUUAUUCCAAUGGAUCGCUGCUGGUUGGACCUUGGGCGGCAGUUCACACCGGUGAAGAAUAGCAAUUUUGAUGAGCUCACUAUGCUUUGGAAGCCAUGCUGCAUCAAGAAAUAUUACGAUGAGCGAGCCACAAAAUGUAAAACCCGCUCCACGCUUCCUUUGGAAAUAUUCAACCUCGGUGGCUGCCGGGAUAUUAUUUCUGCUACCAUGACUGCACGGAAAGGGUCCAAGCAAGCUGUUGGUGGAGCUUGCUACAGUCAAUUUUACACCAGAUCAAAAAUGCACUUUGUCACUUCCACUGUCGAAGUCUUUCAAAGUAGGGAUAUUGAUGCUUUAGCAUAUGGAUCAGCGCAAUUGAAAGCUGUUGGCAGCGCUGGAAAAAGUAAAAUGCCCACAUUUCAAAAUGCUGCUGAUGCUUACAUCAAUGGAGUCAACCGCACAGAUCUUGGAAUUGAUGAAAUUGAGAAAACCUCCUGCGAACCUCGAGAGGAGCAUCGAAUUCGCGCUGAUAUUUGCUUUUCCUUAUUGCGAGAAUUGGCUGAUCAAGAGAAAAGUGAAUGGGGUAGUGAAAAUUCACAAGGGAGCGUUAGCGGGAUGGGGGGUGAGAAUUUCGCAAAUGAUCUUACAUUCAAUAGUGAAAGUCUUGCGAGAAGUGCAAAUUCAAGUGAAGGGGGCGGUUCGCAGAAUGGCAUUAGGGAUUGGGAAAUCAAUUUUCUUGCACCUAGCGAUGCUCGCUACUCUAGCUCAAUUCCACUCCGCGCAAAGGAACUAUGUACGAAGCUAAAUUGCGAAGCGAAUAUUUCAGAGUGCAACGAGGGAAUUUCCCCAAUCAACAUUCUAUCGCUCGCCACCUCCCUUUUUGGAUUGUUCAAUCUCCCAUCUUUGCCUCAUUUCUGCGCUCAAAUGUUAAUAAAGCCUUGAUGGGAUUCGAGCAUGUUUUAUCAACCUUGAAUCACGAAGUUGUGAAACAAUCAGCGACAGCUACUGCAUUGAUGUUCUUGGAACUGAUUCGAAAUAGCGUUUUGUGUAAAAAUAUUAAGGGCGCUCCA